AUGUCGCAGUUCUUCAACUACGCUGCCCAGCAGCACCACCCCCAGCACCUUAACGCCCACACGCACAACAACAACCAUCACGGCGGCCGAUCGCGGAGGGCUCCCCGGAUCUCCGCCCAGCAGAACCACAAGCAGUUCCGCCAAGUGCGCACCCCCAAGGAGUUCAACGUCGAGCCCCCCACCCUCAUCGCGUACAAGCGCGACUUCGAGGCGGCCCGGUCCUUUGACAUUGAGGACGACGAAAUGUUCUGCCCCUUCCACCUUCUCACCGAGGAUGAUUUGCAGUCAAUCCACUCGUCUGGCUCGGACCGUUCGUCGCUCUCCAGCGGCUCGCCCGAACAGUCGCCGCUCCAGCACCAGCUGCAGCCAACUCCCUCUUUCGUGCUCUCCACCGCCCCGAACCCAUACACACCAGUCAACUUCCAGCCAAACAACUCGCAGACUAAGCUGCACCAGCCACUAGCCCAGCGCACCCGCAAUGCUAUCCCGAUUGUUGACCCGUCCACACGAGCUGUUGCUAGCCCACCGAGGUCCAUCUCUCCCAACCGACAGAUGCAGCAACAGUUCAUGUCGCGACGCUGGUAG